CAAAACCCAAAACCCUGAGACAAAGGAAGGGGCGUGGCUUGCUGCUUCCCCGCUCCUAGGAACCUGGUUGAGAAGUCAGCAAUGAGGAAGUUGGGACUCUUCUCCUGGAGCUCAGAGUAGAACUUCCAUCUUCCAUGCUAGGGCUUCUUAUUUCCUCUUUGAGAUUCUAGCUCGGUGGCCUCUGCUCUCAGUAGGACCACAGGACUUCUCCUUACACGACCUCAAAGACUUGUAAGCUUGAGGAGCAGAGAUUCAUCUAUAGUCAACAUAAUGGAAAAUUCUAAGAUUUAUGACUCUUUUCAACAUGAACUUGAGGACUAUGUUAGAAAGCAGAAAGCCAGAGGGUUACAACCAGAGGUUUGCUUUAGAAAGAUGACAGAGGACUCUGCAUACAGAGAAAGGAGCCACACUGCACCCAAACCUCUAAUGCUGGAGCAGAGACCCUUCUUCAGGAGGUCCCAUGCAUUUUCCAGUUCCCAUGAAAGGCAGAGAACGAUGGAAAAUCAGUUACCCCCAUGGUUCAAAUUUCAUCACUCCAGACAAAGACUGGAGUCUCUAAACCACUGUCAGGAAAAACAUGACCAUUUCUUCAAGAAUCUGUGGCUUCCAAACCCUGUGCAAGGAAAGACCCCCAUCCCUCAGGCUGCACAACACAGAAAAGAUACCAGCCACCUCUGGGAGCAGGGUCCCACCAGAGCCCAUCAGGCUGGAGAUCAAGAAGGCCGGAGGCGAAGGUCCAGGGAGGAGGGGAGAGAAGGACGCAGCAAGGAGGGGCAGGUUGAGGGGAAGACAAAGCAUCAUGAGGAUGGAGAUUCCCACAAAGAGAGCAAGAAGGCCAGGGUGCAGCCAGUCAGCACAGAGAAGCCGAAACACAGAAGGAAGCGCCACCAAGAUACCACAAAGGAGGGAAGAAGGUCUCAGAGAGAGAAGAAGCAACCUGGCAAAGAAAGCACGCCGGAGAGGGACCUGUGGGAUGAAGCUAUCCUCGGCAGUUGUUACUGAUUUUGGAGGAUUUGGGGCCCUGAUAUAAAAUGAUGUGGAGAUGUUGGAAAGGCUGGAUUAAAUGACAUUGAAGCAAUUCAAUGGCCACCACUUCAAAAAAAAAAUAAAAUUUGAUCCCCACCUCAGAUUCUGUUCAAAUGUAAAACACAAAUGGUUUCAAUGAUGUCAGUAUAAAAACUAAAAUGUAAAACUAUUAGGAGAAAAGAUAGGAGAGGGGCUUUUAAUUUGGGACUGUGAAUGGCCUUCCUGAAUGAGACACAUUAGUCAGGGUCCAUAAAGAUGAAAAAAUAAUAAAUGUAAUUGCAGAGACAUUUAAAAUCUAUA